UCUCCACUGCACAUAGAGGCACUUAGUGUUGAAGAUCUUAGACUGCUCUUGACAGUGGGGUCCCCUCCUCUGACCUCACUAAUGUUACCCCUUGCUAUUCUGAACUCUAGAGAGAGGCCUAGGCUGCCUCUGCUGUCUGUAGCUCAUCUGCUGCCCAAGGGAUGUCCAGAGCCCCAGAGUUGGUCUUAGGCUCUGCUUGUCUCUGGUAUCUUUGGCAUCACAAGAACUUGAAGUCUGGAAGGAAGUACUUCCCAAAUCUGACCCUGUUAAUCUCUCCUGGAAAUCCCUGGGGAAAACAGUCAGCUCAGAGGCAAGUUUUUCCCAGAGGAACAGUUUCUGUAGAGAGAGGCCGAGACAGGAGACCCUAUCACCUGGAAAGUUCCAGCUCUAGCCAUGCCACAGUGGUCUGUAACUUUGAGAACACCCUGAAAAAUUGCAGACUCUCAUUUCCUAGCCAAUAACCUAGGGUGAUAGCUUUUACCUGUAAGCAAAUGUGAGAAUUGAGACUAAAGUGUCCCUCACUGGGCCAAGCAUGGAGUAGGCUCUCUGGCUAAAGGCACCUUCCUCCUUUCCGGCAAACCCUUUGGCCCACCCCGCUGAGAGGUGUCCUUCCAGAUAUGCCAUUGUAUCUCUGGAAAAAUGGAAGCCCAGCUUAGUUAAGGCCUCUGGUUUGGCUAGCGUCAGGACCCAGAAAUACUUGUCAAGUCUGGGCGGUUCACCUGGGUGGGGAGGAGGUGAGAAGCUGCCGGACUCUGGUGGGACUUUGCCAGCAUCCCCUGCAGGGAGAUGUGGCCCUGGGGACAGCAGCAGGUGCAGAAGGACUCCAGGGAAGGUGGUCACCAGCCAUGGUCGUCCGCCUCCAAUGGCUCCCUAUCCCCUAGAGGUGGUGUGAUGUGUGUGUCUCCUCUCCCAGAGGUAGACUCACCAGAACAAGGGUGUCAGGCAAGACUCAAGGAUCAGGACCGGUGGAAUCUCAGCAAGGGCGGGGUAGUCAUGGGCCUCAAUGCCUUAGCAAGCUAGAAGGGCAAGGGAAAGACACAAACCCGGCUGGCAAGUCGGUCCAGCGGACCGAGGAUCUGGACUAGGCUGGGGGCGGGACCGGCAGGCUCCCUGCCCCUUCCCCGCCCUCCGGUUCCCGGAGUGUCACGUGGGGCGGGCGGAAGCGCCAGGCGAGGUGGGUGCGCCCGGAGCGCUGCGGCGAGUUGGCAGCGGCUUCGUGUGACAGACGGUUCCGGGACCCCAGGUUCCCCGAGUGGAGUUCUCUUCGCUCAAAACAGCACCAUGAGGAGCCCUUGGGAAUAGGAACAACCUCUCUGGAGGCCCCGGGUGUACUUGGUGGCAGGUCUGAGCCUGGCUGGGCCUCUGCUGCUGGCAGCCAUGGCAGAGAGCAGCGACGCCUCUCUGUCGGUCGCCGAGUGGCUUCGGGCUCUGCACCUGGAGCAGUACACGGCACUCUUUGAGAAGCAUGGACUGCUGUGGGCCACCGAAUGCCAAGGCCUCAGUGACGCCAGCCUGUUGGACAUGGGCAUGCACCUUCCUGGCCACCGCCGCCGUAUCCUGGCUGGUCUGCUCCGUGCCCGUGCACCGCCGGCCCCUGUGCCUCGCCCUGCCCCACGGCCUGUGCCCAUGAAGCGACACAUCUUUCGUUCACCACCCGUGCCCAUCACUCCACCCGAACCGCCGCCCACAGCUGUAGAAGAUGAGGGGCUACCUGCUGCUCCACCUAUUCCACCCCGAAGGAGCUGCCUCCCACCUGCCUGCUUCGCUCCGCCAUCCACAGCUCCCCCUGACCCUGCGCUGCCCCCACUGCCUGCCAAGCGGCACUCGGCAGAACUAAGUGUUCCUCCCGUACCUCCUCGUACCGGACCCCCCUACCCACAGGCCAGUCUUCCCUCUAAGGAGGAGUUACUGCUGCCACCAGUGCCACCCCAUCCCCAACCAGCGGAGACCCUGCCCACGCUCCUGCCUGCCUUUCCCCAGGGGCCUCCCUGUCCUCCUGAGAUCCCUCCCAAACCUCCUCGCCUAAUUCCUGAGUUUGACGACUCUGACUAUGACGAUGUCCCAGAGGAGGGGCCCAGGGCCCCAGCCAUCGUGAUGACCAAGGAGGAGCCCUUGCCGAGCCGAGUCCCACGGGCUGUGAGGGUGGCUAGUCUGCUGAGCGAGGGAGAGGAGCUGUCUGGGGAUGAUGCAGAAGAUGAGGAUGACCAUGUCUAUGAGGGUAUCCCCAAUGGCGGGUGGCCCACCAGUGGCCUGAACCACCCCUUACUCAGCCUGACCCCUGACUUCCCACCACACCUCAUGGAUGAGCUGCCUGGGGGCUCCACCCCCAUCACACCGGUCAUCAAGGCUGGCUGGCUGGACAAGAACCCACCACAGGGGUCUUAUAUCUACCAGAAGCGAUGGGUGAGACUGGAUGCUGACUACCUGCGAUACUUCGACAGUAACAAGGACGCCUACUCUAAGCGCUUUGUCCCUGUAGCCUGCAUCUGCCGAGUAGCUGCUAUUGGAGACCAGAAGUUUGAAGUGAUCACCAACAAUCGAACCUUUGCCUUCCGGGCAGAGAGCGAUGUGGAGCGGAAUGAGUGGAUGCAGGCCUUGCAGCAGGCAGUGGCUGAGCAGCGAGCCUGUGUUCGGCUCUCCAGUGCUUCUACGUUGGGAGUUCGAGGCUCUGAGCAGCCUGACCGCACUGGCAGCCUGGAGCUACGAGGCUUUAAGAAUAAGCUUUAUGUGGCUGUGGUUGGGGACAAAGUACAACUCUAUAAGAAUCUGGAGGAGUUCCAUCUGGGCAUCGGCAUCACCUUCAUCGACAUGAACGUGGGCAACGUGAAGGAAGUAGACCGGCGCAGCUUUGACCUCACUACCCCCUACCGCAUCUUCAGCUUCUCAGCUGAUUCAGAGGUGGAGAAGGAGCAGUGGCUGGAGGCCAUGCAGGGAGCCAUUGCAGAGGCCCUGUCUACCUCAGAGGUGGCCGAGCGCAUCUGGGCUGCCGCCCCCAACAGGUUCUGUGCUGACUGUGGAGCUUCCCAGCCUGACUGGGCCUCCAUCAAUCUCUGUGUUGUCAUCUGCAAGCGCUGUGCAGGGGAGCACCGUGGUCUGGGUGCUGGCGUGUCUAAGGUGCGGAGCCUGAAGAUGGACAGGAAGGUGUGGACAGAAACUCUCAUCCAGCUCUUCAUUCAGCUGGGCAAUGGCCCUGGGAACCGCUUCUGGGCCGCCAACGUGCCCCCUAGUGAGGCCCUGCAGCCCAGCAGCAGCCCUGCUGCCAGGCGGUACCACCUGGAGGCCAAGUACAGAGAGGGCAAGUACCGUCGCUACCACCCACUCUUCGGCAACCAGGAGGAACUGGACAAGGCCCUGUGUGCUGCGGUUACUACCACUGACCUGGCUGAGACCCAGGCACUCCUGGGCUGUGGGGCUGGGGUCAGCUGCUUCUCAGGAGACCCAGCAGCUCCCACACCCCUGGCUCUUGCUGAGCAGGCUGGACAGACACUGCAGAUGGAGUUUCUGCGGAAUAACCAGAGCACAGAGGUCCCUCGGCUGGACUCAGGGAAGCCCUUGGAAAAGCACUACUCCAUUAUCCUGCCAACUGUGAGCCACAGUGGCUUCCUGUACAAAACUGCUUCUGCUGGCAAGCCUCUACAGGACCGCCGUGCCCGGGAAGAGUUCAGCCGGCGCUGGUGCGUCCUUAGUGACGGGAUUCUGAGUUACUACGAGAACGAACGGGCAGUGACACCCAAUGGGGAGAUUCGGGCCGGUGAGAUUGUGUGCCUGGCAGUUUCCCCUCUGGACACCCACGGCUUCGAGCACACCUUUGAGGUGUACACAGAGGGAGAACGGCUGUACCUGUUCGGACUGGAGAAUGCAGAGCUAGCUCAUGAAUGGGUCAAGUGCAUUGCCAAGGCAUUCGUGCCUUCCCUGGCCGAGGACCUGCUAGCCCGGGACUUUGAGCGGCUUGGGCGCCUACCCUACAAAGCUGGCCUGAGCCUCCAGCAGGCUCAGGAAGGCUGGUUUGCCUUGGCUGGCUCUGAACUCCGGGCUGUCUUCCCUGAGGGGCCCUGGGAAGAGCCACUGCAGCUCCGGAGAUUGCAAGAGCUUUCUAUCCAAGGAGACAGCGAGAACCAAGUUUUGGUGCUGGUAGAGCGGAGGAGGACACUGUACAUCCAGGGUGAGCGGCGACUGGAUUUCAUGGGUUGGCUUGGGGCCAUCCAGAAAGCAGCAGCCAGCUUGGGAGACACACUGUCAGAGCAACAGCUUGGGGACUCAGACAUCCCAGUGAUCGUGUACCGCUGCGUGGACUACAUCACACAGUGUGGCUUGACCUCAGAGGGUAUCUAUCGCAAGUGCGGUCAGACCUCUAAGACGCAGAGACUCCUGGAGAGCCUGAGGCAGGAUGCUCGCUCUGUGCACCUCAAAGAGGGCGAGCAGCACGUGGAUGACGUCUCCUCUGCUCUCAAACGCUUCCUGAGGGACCUGCCCGAUGGGCUCUUCACCCGUGCGCAGCGGCUGGCCUGGCUGGAGGCCUCUGAGAUCGAGGAUGAGGAGGAAAAGAUCUCCAGGUACCGAGAGCUCUUGGUGCAUCUGCCCCCUGUCAACCGGGCCACUGUGAAGGCCCUGAUCAGCCAUCUGUACUGUGUACAGUGCUUCUCAGACACAAACCAAAUGAACACACACAACCUGGCCAUUGUAUUUGGGCCCACACUCUUCCAGACAGACGGGCAGGACUACAAGGCUGGCAAGGUGGUGGAAGACCUCAUCAACCACUAUGUGGUGGUAUUCAGUGUGGACGAGGAGGAGCUGAGGAAGCAGAGGGAGGAAGUCACUGCCAUUGUGAAGAUGCGAGUAGCUGGCACUGCUAGUGGGACCCAGCAUGCAGGUGACUUCAUCUGUACUGUGUACCUGGAGGAGAAGAAGGAGGAGACUGAACAGCAUGUCAAGAUCCCAGCAUCCAUGACAGCAGAGGAGCUUGUCCUGGAGAUUCUAGACCGGCGCAGCGUGAGCAUCAGGGAAAAGGACUACUGGACCUGCUUUGAGGUCAACGAGAAGGAGGAGGCAGAGCGCCCGCUACACUUUGCGGAGAAGGUGCUGCCCAUUGUGCACGGGCUGGGCAUCGACAGCCACCUGGUGGUGAAGAAGCACCAGUCCAUGGAGGCCAUGCUGUUGUAUCUGGCCAGCCGUGUGGGGGACACCAAGCAUGGCAUGAUGAAGUUCCGGGAAGACCGAAGCCUCCUGGGUCUGGGGCUGCCCUCGGGUGGCUUCCACGAUCGCUACUUCAUUCUCAACAGCAGCUGCCUGCGACUCUAUAAGGAGGUUCGGAGUCACCGGCCUGAGAGGGAGUGGCCAGUCAAGAGCCUCAGAGUCUACCUGGGUGUAAAGAAGAAACUGCGGCCACCUACUUGCUGGGGCUUCACGGUGGUGCAUGAGACGGAGAAGCACGAGAAGCAGCAGUGGUACCUCUGCUGUGACACGCAGAUGGAACUCCGGGAGUGGUUUGCCACCUUCCUCUCUGUACAGCACGAAGGCCUGGUAUGGCCCUCAGAGCCCUCUCGAGUGUCCCGGGCAGUGCCCGAGGUCCGGAUGGGCAGUGUAUCGCUGAUCCCUCUGCGUGGCAGUGAAAAUGAGAUGCGCCGGAGUGUGGCGGCCUUCACUGCCGAUCCCCUUUCUCUCCUCCGUCAUGUCUGAGCUCUGGAACACCGUCACUGCCUCCUGGAAGCCUUCCUGUUGAGACACCUGCGUGCUCUGCAUGCUUGGUGUGAGCCAGUGAAACACACGGGGAAGCCAUACCUUCAUCCCAGCAUCCUGACUGCAACACAGGCUCCUUGGCUGGGCAGCGCGGGGCUGGCAAUGAGAUUUUCCUGGGAGGAGUGGGGCCCUCCCCUGCUCCCUCCCCUGCUCCCCAUCCCCUCCCCUGCUCUCCAUCCAGUCAUGCAGUGCUCCUGGCCUAUCUUGCUUACCCAGGGUCACUCUCCUUGAGUUUGUGGAGUUGGAGAGAUGGGCAGAAAUCAGGACCUCUGCCAGAGGGGCUGGAGGGCUUGGGAUCCCGCAGGGAAGGGGCUCAUCUGGGAGGGAGCCUAUCCCCUUUCCAUAGGCUGCUACUCUGAAGGAACUCCUAGGAGUCCAGGAGGGAGCUCUCGGGAAGCUUUACAAGCUGAAAGCUGGACUUGGGGAUGUCAGCCCACUUCUGGUGUAUGCUGCGGGGAGGCCCAGGCUGUGGCUGUCUGCUACCCUUCCCCGACUUUGAAUACUUUUUUGAUAAUAUAAAUAUAUCUGUAUAUUUUA